GCACUGGGGGGUCAGAUCCCGAAUACCAUGGCACAAGAGCUUGAUAAGUUUGGAGAUCUGGACCACAUUCAUAUAGCCUCGAGAAGAGAGUGUUUCGAGGCCGGUGCGGAGAAAUGGACAGGACUCAUAGCCAUCCUUGAAGAGCUUUGGUUCUGGGUAAAGCUGAAAGAUGAGGAGCUGACAAGGCAGAGGCCGGUGGGAGAAGAUGUACAUACUUCACUGCAGAAACAAGGCUACUGUACGGCCUUGCACAGUGAGUUGACUGGACGGAGACAGGAUAUGAAUCAGACAUGUCUGUCUCUGGCUGUUCAACCUACAACAAUGGAAGUCCAGAGCAAUAUAGAGACGGCUUCAGCAGAGACAGUCCAGGAGGAGAAGAUUCGUCAGCUGGCUCAAGCGGUUCAGGACCAGGCCUUUGAGGUUCAGCAGCACUGGGAGCGGUUCAGUGCUCAGGCCACCAGCUGGCAGCACGAGGUUGACUGGGCUCUGGGGAAACUUCAGGACCUCCAACAAGCCAUGAACCAACUGGACCUAGGCCUGGCUGAGAUGGAGAAUGAGAGCUGGCACUCUGAGGAACACAGCAUGGCCAACUGUGUGCUGGAGAACGAGGAAAAUAUCGGGAUUGUGGGUAAUCAGCACCAGCAGUUUCAAUGCUCUCAAACGGAUAAGAGACAUUUCUCCCAUGACUUCUUGUCUGUUUCCGUUCAGUCCCCUUGGCAAAGAGCUGUUUUUCAUAACGGCGUUCCUUAUUAUAUCAAUCAUGAGCAGCAGACCACCUCGUGGGAUCAUCCAAAGAUGACACAGUUAUUUCAAUCAAUGGCUGAUCUGAGCCAUGUGUGUUUCUCCGCUUACCGCACAGCGAUGAAGAGCCGCCGGCUACAGAAAGCCCUCUGCUUGGACCUUUUGGAGCUCAGCAUCGCCCAGAGUGUCUUUGAUCAACACAAACUCACGCAUAAUGGCCAGCUACUGGAGAUUCCAGGCAUCAUAAACUGUCUCUGCACAGUCUACCGUGAACUUCAGCAGGUGCAUCCGGAUCUGGUUAAUGUGCCUUUGUGUGUGGAUCUGUGUCUCAACUGGCUGCUAAAAGUCUAUGACAGUGACAGAAGUGGAAAAGUUCAAGUGUUGUCCAUGAAGAUUGGCUUGUUUUCUCUUUCAAAAGGACCUCUAAAGGAUAAGUACAAAUAUCUGUUCGCUCAGGUGGCCGACGCUGCAGGCGUCUGUAACCAGAGGCGGCUGGCGUUACUGCUACACAACAGCAUCCAAAUCCCACACCAGCUCGGGGAGGCCGCCGCAUUCGGAGGGAGUAACAUGGAGCCCAGUGUCCGUAGCUGCUUUCAAUAUGUGGGCCGUGAUGAUGUCAUUGAGGUACAGCAGUUUGUGGACUGGAUGCAUUUGGAGCCGCAGUCGAUGGUCUGGUUGCCUGUCCUUCACAGAGUCACCGCUGCAGAAACCGCCAAACAUCAGGCCAAAUGCAACAUCUGUAAGGAGUGUCCCAUGGUGGGCUUCAGGUAUCGAAGUCUGAAACACUUCAACUACAACGUGUGUCAGACAUGUUUUUUCUCGGGAAGGAUUUCCAAGGACUAUCAUCUCAGCUAUCCAAUGGUGGAGUACUGCACCCCUACCACCUCAGGAGAAGAUGUGCGUGACUUCACCAAGGUGCUGAAAAACAAGUUCCGCUCAAAGAAGUAUUUCACCAAACACCCUCGGCUCGGCUACCUGCCCGUGCAGACCAUCCUGGAGGAAGAGCAUUCAGAGACCCCCGUUGCAUUUGUAAGCAUGUGUCCAGAGGAGUAUGAGUCGACACAGAACAACAGAGAAUCCAGUGCCAUCCUACCUGUAGCAGAAUCUCUCCUGUCAACAGGAAAAAUGAGCGCAGACGACAUCCACACUCAGACUGAUGAGAGAGCAGCUACAUGUGCACAUCAGAGCUCAUCUGACACUGAGAUGAUGAUGAUGAUGAUGAAUGAGCUGGAACCUUCUCAGAGUCUGGAGGCGGGCAGGAUGUUUCUGGCAACUUCACAUGAGACUCUUCAAUCAGAUGAGAUCGUGGAGGCCUGGGAUCUGAAGUUUGAGCUCUUUGCAUAA